CUCUACUUGAUUCCUGGUGAGGAAGAGGAUGUGUUUUGUCUCAUUCUCCAUGCGCCGCAGUCGUUGCGUAAUAUUGCAGGUGAUGGGGAGAUACUGAGGAUCAUAGGACAAAUCCAACAAGUGAUGAGGGCCCUGCAGUUUAUUGACUGGUAAGCGUCAUAAUCUUCUCAGAGUCUGAGGUGUAUAAGAGGGCUUCACUGAACACAUCAUGCAACAUGCCCUGAUCUCUACAACAUGACCAACAAAAAUACACAGCAAAACAACUGUUCAAACAACAGAAGUAUGAAUGUGGAUGUGGCCAAACCUGAAGCGAAGACUGGCAACAAAGCUCCCCUCAGAGCCACCGGCCCUGGAUCCGGCCCACCCAAGUUCAAACAGAGGAACAGCCGCCAGUUCAAGAGCAAGCCUCCCAAGAGGGGCGUCAUUGGCUUUGGAGAGGAGAUCCCAGGAAUGGAAUGGCUUGGCACUGACUUUACCGUAAUCUGCCCAUGGGAAGCGUAUAGCCAUCUUGAGCUACACGAACUGGCUCAGUAUGGUAUCAUCUGAGGCUCUUUGCUGAGAAAUUAGUUUUAUAUCUACUAAAGGGAACUGAUGUUCAGCAACUGGAAUUUCAACCAAUCCCAACAAUCUAGAUCAUCAGUAUUGGCUUUUUUUUUUUUUUUAAAUAGUUCUUUUAGUUUAUGGUUAACUAACAUGUAAACAGAUGUCUGCAUAUUAUGGAUUCUGUUCUUUGCCUAUGUUGUUUUAUACAUUAAAUCUAUUUUCAUAAGACUCUCAAGCUGCCAUUUUAACGUCCACCACCCACUAAUGCUGAAUGUGUCCUUGUGUCAUUGCCUGAGGUUGCAGUGGGAGCUGUAACUGGAAGCUUGCUUACGGCUUCAAAGACGGAGUUUCAUCACAAUCAACAGCAUCAUGUUUAAUCAAACUCAGAAUAAAGCUUGGAAUUUUUUUAACAAUUUCAA